GGCGGUCGGUCGUUGUUGGGUCGGUGGAAUCAAACAUGGCGCCGAGCGAAUACGAACAGUGAUCGUCGUCGUCAUAGGUGUUGCUCCGUGGUCGUUGGUUCAUUGAACAAAUUGUCGGUGUUUUGUACAUUGUUCUAACGAGCAUCAGCAACGGGCUGCGGCGUUAUUGUCGAAGAAACUAGCUUUUAGCCGCACGACGACGCACAAAGCCUCCUAUAACUACCGAGGCUUGUGGCGUGUGUGUGUGUAUAAUUUCGAGAGCCGUAGGCCAGCAGCAGCGGAGCUUGUGCCGUGCUGCUACUAUUGGUGCUGGCGGUGGUGGUCGGUGGUGGUGUAAACGAACACCAGGGUGCAAAUUAGUGAACUUCAUCUAAAUUGAGCCACAAUGAGUGACGGCGACCGUCUGAACGUAGACUCGAUUUUGGCCCGACUCCUCGAGGUCAGAGGCACCAAGCCUGGCAAGAACGUCCAGCUGUCCGAGGCCGAGGUUCGUGGACUCUGCCUCCGCUCGCGAGAGGUAUUCUUGUCGCAGCCAAUUCUGCUCGAACUCGAAGCUCCUCUGAAGAUCUGCGGCGACGUACACGGCCAAUAUUACGACCUCUUGAGGCUCUUCGAAUAUGGAGGCUUCCCUCCAGAGUCCAACUAUCUGUUUCUCGGAGACUACGUUGAUCGUGGAAAGCACAGUCUUGAGGUGAUUUGUCUUCUCCUGGCGUACAAAAUCAAGUACCCAGAAAACUUCUUCCUCCUGCGAGGAAACCACGAGUGCGCCUCAAUCAACCGUAUCUACGGAUUCUACGACGAGUGCAAGAGGAGAUACAACGUCAAGCUGUGGAAAACAUUCACGGACUGCUUCAACUGCUUACCAGUGGCAGCGAUUGUUGAUGAGAAGAUUUUCUGCUGCCAUGGAGGUCUUUCCCCCGAUCUGCAAAGCAUGGAGCAGAUCCGCCGAAUUAUGAGACCCACCGAUGUGCCUGAUCAAGGCCUGCUUUGCGACCUGCUAUGGUCGGAUCCAGACAAGGAUAUCAUGGGCUGGGGUGAAAACGACCGAGGCGUGUCAUUCACAUUCGGUUCAGACGUCGUAGCCAAAUUCCUGCACAAACAGGAUCUCGAUCUUGUGUGCCGAGCUCACCAAGUGGUAGAGGACGGUUACGAAUUCUUCGCCAAACGUCAACUGGUCACCCUGUUCUCAGCGCCGAACUACUGCGGAGAAUUCGACAAUGCUGGGGCCAUGAUGAGUGUGGACGAAACGCUGAUGUGCUCCUUCCAGAUCCUCAAGCCGGCAGACAAAAAGAAAUUCUCAUUGGCCGGCUCGGCAAACAACAAGCCAGCUCCCGGAAGAAAAUAGGAAACUUACCAAGACACUUCUGCAAGUAGGCUUGAAAUGAUUCCAAGUGAUGCGUGCAGUCGUGCAGGGGAUCAUCGUGAUGCCAUCAUCAUCAGCUUGAACGAAAAAGGGGACUGAGAAAUUAUCGUUUUAUUUCGAUCCAACACGAGGAAGGAAACAAAAACCAGAAUAGCAGCUGCGACAACAACAAUAUGGAGCGAGAAUGGUAAACAAGCAUAAAACGGCGUCGGAAUCGGAAUUGAAUGAACGGACGUUUAAUUUAGUUCUAUUACCUCCCUUUGUCUCGGGACUGCGAUAGCUUACAAAGUCAUGAUUCCCCCCUCAAAUACGAACGCUUUGUUGGUUGAACGGUCGUUUGAAUGAUGAUUGAUUGGUUGGUUGACUGUUUGCCUAAUUUCUCUUUUUUCCUUUGUCAUCCAAACUUUGAUACACACGUGCGGAAUAAACGAAGCGGCAUUCAUCGCAUGAAGCAGACGAAACUAAAAAAGAAUGGAUCAUCCAAUUUUCCGUAGACCGUCGCUGAGGGAUUCGACGAGAACACGUCAACGGAGUUUACAAUAGACAGGGAUGUAGGACCGGAGGAAAAAAUUGAAAUACAAGGCAGAAUCAGGCGAGAGCGCCGAACCCGGGGUUUCGGGUGGUUGGGAAAAUAGGAAAUAUGUUGAGAAAUGAACACCUACCUAUAUUAUCAAACAUCCGAAAAGACAGUUGUUUCACCUUUUAUCGCACACCAGAAGCAGCAGAGCAGACCAUUGAGAAAAUGUGGGACAACAGAGGUGGAAAUAAAUUUUCAUUCUGAACACCGGAA